AAAUAUUCAUUGUAUUUCAGGUGAUGGAAAUGAAUCUGAUAUAUCAAGUUAACCGCAGAGGUGAUUUAAUCAUUUUCUGCAAUCUUGUAUACUGUAGCAUCAAUACAAAUUGCUCAUUCUAAAUGAAGGUCUCCAGCCAUGCAAUGUUCUUGGAAGGCUGUUCUUCUGCUCGCCUUGGCUUCCAUAGCAAUUCAGUACACGGCGAUCCGGACCUUUACAGCCAAGCCCUUCCAGAUGUGUCAUGUUCCCAAUCCACUGAAUUGUGGUUUAGGACAAGAAACUGAUUCCUUUGACCGACUCUGUGAUGAAUAUCCAUAUUUCAUGUACAACAUCUCUAGAAAGACGCAUAUUUUGAUUCUGGCUACUACCAGAAGUGGAUCCUCUUUCAUUGGACAGCUGUUUAAUCAACAUUCAGAUGUAUUUUAUUUGUUUGAGCCUCUGUAUCAUGUGCAAACAACACUGAUUCCACGUCUGUCUCAUAGCAAAAACACAGCAGAUCGGAGAGUCAUGCUUGGGGCCAGCCGAGAUCUGCUGAGAAGCUUGUACGACUGUGACUUGUAUUUUUUGGAAAGUUACAUUAAACCUCAACCUGUGAAUCACACAACAGACAAACUGUUUAGAAGAGGUGCUAGCAAGGCUUUAUGUUCACCUCCAGUGUGCGAUGCCUUUCAGCCCAGUGAGGUCAAUAUAGAGGAAGGCGACUGUAUUAAAAAAUGUGCUGCUCUGAACAUGACCUUAGCUAGACAUUCAUGUAGAGAGCGAAGGCAUGUUGCAAUUAAAAUUGUGCGGGUUCCAGAAAUCAAUGAUCUCAGGGCAUUAGUUGAAGAUCCACGACUAAACCUAAAAAUUAUACAGCUGGUGCGAGACCCUCGAGGCAUCCUUGCUUCCAGGAUUGAAACAUUCCGAGAUACAUACAGACUUUGGAGAAUAUGGAGAGUUACUGGUCGAAAACCAUAUAACCUAGACAUUUCACAGCUGACUGUUGUGUGUGAGGACUUCUUGAACUCUGUUUCAACUGGACUCAGUAGACCUGCAUGGCUGAAAGGAAAGUAUAUGGUUGUGCGAUACGAGGAUCUAGCAAGAAACCCCCUUAAGAAAACCAAGGAAAUCUAUGAAUAUUUAGGAAUGUCCAUGGACAGUAAUGUAAUACGGUGGAUACAAACAAACACCAGAGGAAGCAAUGAGCUAUCAGCAAAACACAAAUAUGGAACGGUACGUGAUUCUGCAGCAAAUGCUGAAAGUUGGAGAUUAAAACUUUCCUAUGAUAUGGUAGAUUAUACCCAAACUGUAUGUAAACAAAUUCUGAACCAGCUAGGAUACAGAAUGGUAGAAUCCCCUGAAGAACUUAAAAAUUUGUCAUUGACGGUGGUUGAAGAAAGAAGUUUUGUACCAUUUUUGUAAUGAAAGUCUUUGUGGACAAUUAUUUUUGAUAUGUUUAUAACUGUUGCCUUAUUUAACAAUUUUGCACUAAAAAUAAAAAAAAGUCUUGGAGGAAUCUUUUAGAUACACUUUCUUACAAAUGCAGCACAAAAAAUAAAUAUUGAACUAUAUGAACUGAAA